AUGGCGCAUAAUGACACGAUAGACAUCAUCUCCUCGUCGCCAGAGUUCCCAGACCUCUUCGCGCCAGUCGCAAAGGCACCACCAAGGAAACCAACCUUGCGAACCGGUAGCAAUGCCGCACCUAUUCCCACUGAGCCUGUCGGAUUCGGUACCUUGACAAGUGCUGCUAGCAUCUGGCGCUUGUCGCAAGUCGUGGAGGAAGAAAACCCUGCGCAAAAGUCGCCACCGAAGCCAACAACAACAAAGGAGACUACGGCGAUAGCAACAUCCGUGUCUGCAGUAACGGUUGAGGUGUCAACGACAACAACAACCACGGUGCCCGGGGACAAGCCAGCAAAGAAACCCAGGAAGCCGAGGAAAAAGAAAGACGAGACAACAACGGUCACCGACGAAAAUGCGCCACCCAAACCACCAGCAAGAAGGGGAAGACCACCCAAGCAAAAGGACGCGGAUGGACAGACUGCUUUACCCAAGUCCAAACCAGCGGCAAAACCACGGGCUUCAAGGAAGAAAGCUGAGACUGAACAAGCAUCUUGCCGCUUCUGCUCAUGCUUCUACGGCCGAUACCCCGUCCCAGAGGAGCCCUCGAAAGCUCCCGUUGCGCCCAAGGCUCCAAAAUCCGCCCCUGUACAGAUUGACGACGAGCCAGUAGAUCUAGAGCCGGCAGAUAGAAGAAGACUGGAUUGGACACCACCGCUAGAUGACGGACCAUCACCAGCUGCCGGCAACUCGUCUACUGUCAAGGAGCUACCGUCCUCUACGAUUGCCCAUAUCGAACCACCAGUGGCAUUUGGAAAGCUCUUGGAUACAUACGGCUGUAAACCAGAGAAUGAUCAGCCGAGUGAAGUCACUAAAGCUGAUGUUCUCGGGAAGAGAAAGCUGAUUGAGAUGGUCGCUACCACAACUACUACAACAGACAACCCCACAGGUCCACAGACAUCCCUAGCCAAGGCGAAAGCCCCCAAGAAGAAGCCACGCACAAUCACUGACCUAGCAACGGCCGCCUACCGAAUACAAGACCCAGUCGACGAUUCUGCGUCCACGGUGACAUCGAAACAAGACACUCUCCUAGGCUACAUUGACGUCGAGGACGACAAGGCUACUACCAAACCGAGUGAUGCCAAGACAAAGGCCGCCUCCAAGAAGCCAGCAAAGCCCCGGGUCUCCAAGAAGAAACCGGAGCCUUGGAAACAGCUGUUGUUAUCUCCCCAGAGCGCACUCAGGCAGGUGUCUGGUCAGGAUUUCGUCUUUGGCACCUCAAGCCAGCUAGUGACAGAAGACACCGAUCUCCUUCGUGCUUUGCACGAGUCAAUGAAGACCGCAGGCAACGCGCCGGACAGCGAUCCCUUUACAUCGAGCCCGGCCAAGUUCAGCAAUCUUGCUAGCAGACGCAGGACAGGGAACAAUAAGCUUUGGAGGGUGGGAGCUAGAGAUGAGGACGGGGAUUUGUUGGAUUUGGAGGUAUUUGAUCUGACUGAAGCCGUAGAUGUGCCGGAAGAUCUGUUACAGCUAGCUAACAGGCCGUCUGCUGGUGUGCCUGAAGAGACAAGACCCGGAAAAGAAGCCGAGGGCAAGACGGAAAGAGCAAUCGAAAUAUUGUCAUCUGAUCCCGUUGUCCCAGAACGACCCACGGCUACGAGGCCCGAGACUCAGAUCACAGCACUCUCAGCAAAGGGAAAAGAAUUGGCCCGGCAUACUACGAAGCCUCCGCCGCCAAAUCCCGUUAACACUCCACGAGCGAGAACACCACAGUGGAUACGUUCGCCUUCGAGAGAAAGCACACCUCCGCAACCAAAGGUCUUCGCACGAGCAAAAACGCCUCCACGACCGACCACGCCCCCGCGAGCAAGCGCCGUACUUGACUUCGACUUCGAUUUCGACUUCGACGACUACGAGCCACCACCAAGUAACCAAGAACACUACCAACUCCUCGAGCAGUCCCAAAAGACCGCCAGCCCUUCCAAGACACAGCAGCAGCAGCAGGGACAGCAACAGAAACUCCAACAGCAACCGCAGCCGCAGAAAAAGAUGGACCCUCGACCUCCACCUCGCCCAAAAUACGAGCUUUUUACUGAUGCCCAACUGAGCCGAGAGACCGCUUCUUACGGAUUCAAGCCGAUCAAGAGGCGUGCGGCUAUGAUUUCUUUGCUUGAAAAAUGCUGGGAUAGUAAGAUGGGGGUGACAAGUACAGGUAGAGGUACAGGGGCGGACCCCAUUCCAGCAUCUCCGAACCCUGGGAGGGGCCAAGCGGCGAAAAGCGCAACUGUGCUAAAGGAGGUAGAAGGAGCAGGAAUAAAAUUGGCCGCUGCACCGGCGACGAAAAGACCAAGGGGAAGGCCGAAGAAAACCUUGGCUCCGGUUGCUACUGCGUCUCCUUCGCGCAGCACCACGAACAAACGAGAAAAAGCUGCUGCUGCAGGAACAGCAAACCAGACAGCAGCAUCAACCUCGAAAACUGCACCAAUACCUGUUAUGUCCGCAUCAACACCCAAGCGCCAACGCAUAAGCGUCCUUGAAAUUCCCGACUCGGAUAUCGAUGACUCCGAUUCCAAUCCGUUCGCCUCCUCUCCCCUCCUCGCCUCCUCUCCCCUCCUCGCCUCCUCGCCCGAUGCCUCCCCCUCCGCAUCCCAGCUUUUCUCCACUCCCGAAAAACACCCAGGACAAGAUCACGACGCGGUUGAAAUGUCCCUUCUAACCGAAUGCGAAGAGUCGCUGCUAGACAUCACCUCCUCUACUUCCUCGGAAGCUAAUCUCUUCAAACACAUGACACGAGCUAUCACCACGGCUCCUCGCACCAGCAAUCCUGCCGAGCCCUCCUGGCAUGAGAUGAUUCUUAUGUACGAUCCUAUCAUAUUGGAAGAUUUGACGGCGUGGUUGAAUACAGCUGGACAGGGAUUGGAUAGCGUCGGGUGGGAAGGCGAGGCGGGCACAGAUGAGGUGAGGAGGUGGUGUGAGAGUAAAGGCGUGGGGUGGGUGUGGAGGGAAGGGAACAGGGGGCAGGUUAGGAAGAGGUUCUGA